AUGCAGCCCGAAUUCGCCUACUCGUUCCAACUGAAGCAGAACGCGCGGUCCGUGACAUCUCCAGCGAUGUCUCCGCGGCUGAUGUACGGCAACAGGCUGGAAAGCCAGAGAAGAAUGCUGAGGAACUGCUACCUGCAACUGUAUCAAGAAUUAUUCGCGCUGCUGGGCCUGUGAAUAGUGGCGACAUAUUUCUAGACGUUGGUGCAGGAGUUGGAAACGUUGCCGCCCAGUUCGCUCUUCAGACGUUGGCGAGGCAGUGCUUGGACAUUGAAAAGCGGGUGGAAAUUGUACGUAGAGCAUCGGAGUGCUUACGUUCUCACGCUUCACGUUUGAUACUACUUCACAAAGUGCAAGUGUUACAUGGCGACGUUUGGACACUCCCAUUUCUACGUGUUCACCGUUUCAAGAAGCCUCGAUCAUUUACUAAACAAUUUUCUGUUCGAAGAGACAGGGAAGGUUGUGGUAUUGGAGCAGCUCAGCGAUAUGAGAAGAGCUCGGCUGAUUAUUUCUACAUCGCCGUAUUGCCCCCGCCAUCGCGUGUCCUGCCGAAGCAUGUUGUGUUUGAAUUGGGAGCGUUAGGAGAUCUUGAGCGGGUGGGCUAGCUGGAAAGCAGCUCUGGUGCCCAUAUAUGUGUAC